CUUUCAAACCCACACGUUUCGCGCUCCAUUGCUCUUCAAUAAAAUAUUAAAAAAAACCUCGCUCUCUCUCUCUAGUUCUUCCCAAAAUUCUUGAACAAUCACAGAAGCCAAAAUUUCACUCCAAAAUUCUUCAACAGCAGAUUCUUUUAGGGAAUCCGGGUUAGGGUUCCGACCCGAAAUGUCGACACGAAACCGUCGUCCGCCACCAUAUUCUUCAUCAUCAUCUUCGUCCAAGAAGCCAUCAUCGGUUUCGGAGUAUCCAAUAAAGAAAGUGACGAAGCCCCAAUUGGCAAAGAAACGACCCGCUCUUGCUGAUGUCACAAACCAAAGAAAUGGCCCUCACACUAAUAAUUCACGCGCCUCAAUCUCAUCGUCCAAGCCUCUGGUACCAUGUGUGGCUAAAAUUGCCAAGACUAAGAAGGAGUUUUCUGCUUCCACUGAGAAUACUGGCUUCCCCGGGAAAAUAAAGCCAGAAUAUUUGAGUGUGAAAUCAAGUGUCUUGGUUCCAACCAGGGAUAUAUCUUUCCCAAGAAGCGAUCAAACUAUGGCUACUGUUGCAGCCCUUCCUGCUCCAUGCAGCAUGGAUGCUGUUCUUACUGCUCCAAAUAGCAUAAUUCAUGCACCCAGAGGCAUGGAUGUUUCUCCAAGUAGAUCAGUUAGUGGUUCCAUUUCUUUGGAUGAGAGCAUGUCUACUUGUGAUUCUUUGAAGAGUCCAGUGUUUGAAUAUAUUGACAACGAGGACACUUAUGCAGUUACAUUGAUUGAAAGAAAGACAAUUAACAGUCUCUACAUUUCAGAUAAUGCUGAAAAAGCAGGGGAUGUCUGCAAAAGGGGUAUGCUUCUGGAGCAGGAAACAUUUGAUGAAGUUGUUGAUAUUGAUAACAAUUUCUUGGACCCAAAGUUCUGUGCAACUAUUGCUUGUGAUAUCUACAAGCACUUGCGUGCAUCUGAGGCAAAUAGAAGACCUUCCACAGACUUCAUGGAAAGGAUCCAAAAAGAUACAAAUGUCACCAUGCGUGCGAUACUGAUUGAUUGGCUUGUGGAGGUUGCUGAAGAGUACCGGCUUGUGCCUGAUACACUAUUUUUGACUGUUAACUACAUUGAUCGUUAUCUUUCUGGAAAUUCAAUGAAUAGGAAGCAAUUGCAAUUGCUUGGUGUUGCAUGCAUGAUGAUUGCAGCUAAGUAUGAGGAGAUCUGUGCACCAACUGUGGACGAGUUCUGUUACAUAACUGAUAACACAUACUUAAAGGAAGAGGUUUUGCAAAUGGAAUCUGCUGUUCUGAAUUACUUGAAGUUUGAAAUGACAGCCCCAACAGCUAAAUGUUUUUUGAGGCGAUUUGUUUGUGUUGCUCAAGCGACCAGUGAGGUUCCAUCAAUGCACUUGGAGUGCUUGGCCAACUACCUCGGAGAGUUGUCUCUUCUAGAAUAUGGCAUGCUUCGUUAUGCCCCAUCACUAGUAGCUGCUUCUGCUACUUUCUUAGCCAAAUUUAUACUUCUCCCUGAAAAGAAACCCUGGAAUUCUACGCUCAGGCAUUACACACUUUACCAAGCUUCUGAUUUGAGUGACUGCGUCAAGGCACUACAUAGCCUCUGCCGUAAUGGCAGUAAUUCUAAUCUACCAGCAAUUAGGGAGAAGUACAGCCAGCAUAAGUACAAGUUUGUGGCAAAGAAGUACUGCCCUUCUUCAAUACCUCUUGAGUUUUUCCAAGAAUCAAGCAACUAGGCAUGCACAACAUUGUUCCAAAUUCAAUGUAGCUGGUUUUUUGUUGUGAGUGAUAUAACUCUCGUCACCCCAUAUCCUCUGUGUGGAGUGUUAAAGCCAGUAGUUCUGUGCCUCCCAUUGGAUAUUCGGGCUACCUUUUCAGUGUACUAUUCUCCUAGACAUAAAAUCACCAAGGUUAUCUCUUGUACAGUUAUUGCUUUUGAAUUGAUUUUCCAGUGUAUAGUAAAGUGAUAGUGUAUACGGAAUUAUUUUUUCUUGUG